AAGACAAUGAUGUUUUUGUUGCCAGCUUUCCAAAAUCAGGUACUACCUGGUUGAAAGCCCUUACUUUUGUUAUUGUAAACUAUCAACGGUUUUCCUCCUUCGAGCACCAUCCAUUACUUACUUCCAAUCCUCAUGAGCUUGUGUCUUUCCCUGAAUUUAUCUUGUCUCGUGAUUUCGAUAACCAAAUUCUUUCCCUCUCCUGUAACGACCCUAGAAAUCCCUACUAUAAUGAUGUCUUCGCAAAGUAG